GACAGCCAGCGGGUCCAGUACUUGUUGCUACUUGCAAAUUUCUACCGUUGCCACAUCUUUUUCAGUCACUUGUUAAAAGAACCAUUUGUACCUGUAAUCUAAGGAUUCUAAGAAGAUAACCGAGCCCCAUUCAUUCACUCCAAGUCUCCAUCAAGCAAAGAUCUCAUCUUCCUCUCCUCAAUAUAUUUCGUACUCGUUUCUUGAAGCCCCUCACUACUUCUCCGCGAUACAACCUUCCUCUCUUAUCAAAUCGAUUCUCCUCUAAACUCAUAGCAAAGAUGUCUGAGAUCACCCACCCCACUAUCAAGGAUGGCUGGUUCCGCGAAAUCUCCGAGAUGUGGCCUGGACAGGCAAUGACCCUCAAGGUCAAGAACGUCCUUCACCACGAGAAGAGCAAAUAUCAAGAUGUUUUGAUCUUCGAAUCUACCGAUUAUGGCACCGUCUUGGUCCUCGACAACGUCAUCCAAUGCACUGAGCGCGAUGAGUUCUCAUACCAAGAGAUGAUCACUCACUUGGCUAUGAACUCUCACCCAAACCCAAAGAAGGUCUUGGUUAUUGGUGGAGGAGAUGGAGGUGUCUUGCGUGAGGUUGUCAAGCACGACUGUGUGGAGGAAGCUAUUCUCUGCGACAUCGAUGAGGCUGUCAUUCGUCUUUCCAAGAAAUAUCUCCCUGGAAUGGCUAUCAGCUACCAACAUCCUAAGGUCAAGACUCACAUCGGUGAUGGAUUCAAGUUUUUGGAUGACUACAAGAACGAAUUUGAUGUUAUUAUCACCGAUUCCUCCGACCCAGAGGGACCUGCUGAAAGCUUGUUCCAAAAGCCAUACUUUGAGUUGCUAUUCGGUGCUCUUAAGGAGGGUGGCGUCAUUACCACACAAGGUUCCGAGAACCAAUGGCUCCACCUCCCAUUGAUUACCAAGCUCAAGAAGGACUGCAAGGAAGUUUUCCCUAACGUCGAAUACGCCUAUACUACCAUUCCUACCUACCCAUCUGGCCAAAUUGGAUUCAUGGUCUGCUGCAAGGACGCCAACCGCGAUCUCAGCAAGCCACUCCGCAAAUGGUCCCCAGAAGAGGAAGAGAAGUUGUGCCGUUACUACAACGCUGCUAUUCACGAGGCCAGCUUUGUUUUGCCAACUUUCGCCCGUGCUGCCUUGAAGUAAGGUGUCGAUCCGGCUUGACUCUCUUCGCGCUGAAGAGACAGAACUUUAGGCAUACAUGAUUAAAUAUGUGUGGAGAUAGUUUGUUCGGAGCUAGCUAAUGAUCUGCGGAUCUCAUACCUUUAGCUAGGAAAUAUCAUACCCAAAAUGAAUAAAUGACAACACGAGCAAGA